UUUUAUAUUAUUUUAUUUUUCAAUUUUCAAAAUUCAAACAAACUCUCCUUCCUCCUCCUUCUUCCUCGAUCCAAUCAUAUACGGUAGCUUCUUAAAGCUUAGCCAUGUCAUGGCUUGCUCGUUCCAUAGCCAACACUCUCCGUCUCGACGACGAUGAUGACGAAGAAGUAGAAUUUAAACGCAACUCCCAAAACGACGUCGUAACGCGUGUUGCCAACUCAUCAACUGCUUCUCACGUCGUUGACGAAGAUACAUCUACCUACGAAGAAAUCGAUUUAGAUGAACGAUCCAACAACGAUAAUGAUCACCGUUCCGAUGAUGAUGAUGAUGAUGAUCUGAAUCGCGGCGUGAAGGAGGAUUUAUCUGAACUGAAAGAAACCCUAACGCGUCAAUUAUGGGGAGUGGCUUCAUUUCUCGCUCCACCACCUCCGCCAUUACCGCCGGGGAAAUCGGAUCUGUUUGCUGUGGAUGGGGAUCGGAUUGAGAAAUCCGGGUUGAUUGAUGGAUCGGAGGAGGAAGAGGGGGAAUAUGUUGGAGAUGGUAGUGAUUAUUUUGAGAAUUUGGAUGAAGUGGAGGAGAGUGAAAUUGAUGCUGUUGGAGUGACAGAGGAAGUUUUAGCUUUCGCUACUAAUAUAGCUCAUCAUCCGGAGACUUGGUUGGAUUUUCCUUUAGCUGAUGAGGAGGAAUUUGAUGAUUUUGAGCUCUCUGAUGCCCAACAGAGGCAUGCAUAUGCUGUUGAACGUCUAACGCCGAGACUAGCUGCUCUCAGAUUCGAACUUUGCCCUGCUCAUUUGAGUGGUGGUUUCUUUUGGAUGGUCUAUUUUGUUCUGCUUUACUCAAGACUGAAAAAGCAUGACGCUGAGCUUUUGUCUACACCUCAGCUUGUAGAGGCAAGGGCUAUGUGGAUGCAAGAGCUGCAAAAGAAAUCAAAACCAGAGUCAGAUUGGUUUGGCAUAGGCGCCUUUCAAGCAAAAGACAGCACAUAUUCACCACGUGGAGACUUUGAAUCCAACUCAUCUGAAGAUGUUCACUCUAGAUAUGUUGUGGUCCCAAAAACAUUUUCUUUUGAACCUUCAACUUGCCACACCACUUCGGACACUGAAACCGAGAAACACUCAAUUGAAAAUACAGAGAUCAAAUUUAUUGACAAGGCAGUUAUUGAAGAAGAUCCUUCAAGCAUAAUCAUUGAAAAGGAAGUGGUAACUGGUCCAUCUUUUAAACCACCAAUGUUCGAUUAUGAUGAGCAUGAGGAUGACUGGCUGAAAGACAAUUCAGAGUUAGAGGGUUACACAGGUUCUUCUAUUGUGAAUGAGGAGGAUGUUUCGUUUAGUGAUCUUGAAGAUGAUACUGAUUGUACAAUGCCUAUAAAACCCAAAUCAGUGUCAAUAGAUUAUAGCACAACACUUAAUGUCUCGUGAAUUUAUCUUCAGCUGCCAGGAGAUUCAUAUUUAACUUAAGAGUGAACCCAUCCGCAUGUCAACCUCUGUGUACUCUGGAGCUCCUAGCAGAAAAUUCUAAUUCUCAAUUUCUCCAUGGUUCAGGCAUGAUAGGCUGCAUCUUUAACCUGUUCUGGCUUGCAGAAGUUAGCACUUCAUGAGUUGUGUAGUGAUUGUGCAAUGUCCACUUCUCGUGGUUGUCACUAGUUGGCGUUCUGAAUGUUUGAGCCUUUGAGGUUGGUCAUCCCAGAUUCUCAUCGUCUCUUGAACCUCACAAAAUUGAUCAGAAGAUGCUUCUUUACUUGCACAGUAUCCAUCUCCAUUUUUUGUGUGUGUUUUGAGGUCAUAGCUUAAUCUUGACCUAGGGAGAGCAUGAUAGCUAAUUCUCAAAACUCUGUUUGUAUUUGUACAUAUACAUGAUUGUCUCUUACAGCUUUUACCGUGCCCUGUAACAAGGUAACGGAUAUAGUGGGGGGUGUCAUAUAAGGAAGUGUGACAUCUCUCUCCCAGGAAAAGAAUAUUUUUGUUAUUGCAUAUUGAAGAAUAUCCCAAUUUGGCUUGUUCAUCUUUCGUCAA